GAGCGCCGCGCCGCUGGCGGCCGCGGCCGCGGCCGCCGCGCUCCGCGGCGCCCCGGGCGGCGGUGCUGGGGCGGAGCGCGGCCCGCGAAGGUCGCCUGGGCAUGGCUGGCUCGACGGGCGCAGGCGGCGUCUUCUGCCCGGCUGGGGCCUGCGGCGAUGCCGGGUGCGAUGGUCUGGUGACCGAUUGGAGCAACCUGAAGAAGUCCGCGGACCUCGAGGUCUCGUACGCCAAGGCGGACGUUGUGGAGCAGCGUCGCAGGAUGAUGGCCCUGCUCGCCCCGGCGCCUGGCGAGCGCGUGCUGGACGUGGGCUGCGGCCCCGGCUUUCUGCUGCGUGACCUCGCGGCGGCGGUCGGGCCCGCCGGCCACGCGGAGGGCGUGGACCCGAGCGAGGCGAUGCGCGGCAUGGCCGAGCGCCGGGUGGCGGACUCGGGCAACGCCGUGGUGCGUGCAGGGACUGCCGAGGUGCUGCCUUACGACGAUAGCUCCUUCGACGCCGUCGUGCUGUCGCAGGUGCUGCUCUACGUGCCGGACGUCCUGGCCGCCCUGCACGAGGUGCGCCGGGUGCUGCGGCCAGGCGGCCGGCUGGUCGUCUGCGACACGGACUGGGGCGGCCUCGUCGUGAACACCGCCGACGAGGCCCGGUUCCGGCGCGUCCACGCCGCGUGCGUGACCACCUUCGUGCACCCGUACCUGCCGCGCCGGCUGCCUGCCCUGCUGGCUGCGGCGGGGCUGCCCCUCGGCAGGGUG